AUGCGGCUUCACGCUAGGAUUGCACCGCAGAACCUCGAACCUGGUUCGCUAUUCUGCCUCGUGCUGGUACUCGACACGACAGGGAACGAGCCGACUGGCACGGCUCGCCAAGUUCCCGUCCCAGAACACGAGCUAGAGUUUCUGGCUUGUGCUGUGGCUGGCGCCUGGCGAAGCGAUGCUCGCUGGACCAAGCCAGAGGCUCAUCGGCGCCCUGCAACUGCCGCUGUAGUAACAGGGCAAGCAAAAGCGAACGGCGAACACGAACCGUCAACCGCUCCAGGUCUAGUUGAGGCGGAGCGGACCAAACGCUUCGCUACCACUUUCUGGGACUGGGAAGGCGAAGAGCUGGCCCCGGACCUCUUGGACGGACCAGAGGAUGCGGUACCAGCGGAAGCGAUGCCUUGGCUCGCUGCCCUCUGGGACCUGCUUGAAGCGAACGCUUACCCGGUGCGCUCGGCGCAGGGCAGUCAGCACUCUGAGCUUCCAGCGCAUCACGGACUGGUGUUUGCGAGUCGAGCCUGUUGUGUCGCCAGGAAGCUUCGUCUGGAGCGUGACAAACUGUUGGCGUUCCUGGUGCGUGGAUGCCUGCCGUCGAUGAUACCACCCUCGUUCGACGGCACUUAUGUACGGUACGAGUAUGGCGUCGCUGUGGUUGCCCAGCGAACUGGCUCUGCGCCAGUAAAGCUCCACCUGCGGUUCCGCAUUCAUCCUCCGAUUAGCUCUCGAAUGGCAAAGGUACCGGUACUCUCCGCGCCGGAUGCUAUGUCUGCUGCUACUGCUGCUGCUGCUGCUGCUCCCGUGGCGGCGCUACGUGAUCACGAACGCGAUGCGUCGCGAGCCGACGGGAUGCCUCCACUACAGGAUCCAAACGAGGUCCUGCGCGUACGCUUGGAUGCAGUGUCGCGCGCUGCAGUUACGAGACCGGAUAGGAUGAUGGCAGAAGUGAUCAGACCGGCCUCUGCAGCGGGGGCUCGUGCCGCGGGGAGCUCCACGGGCUCGGCAUCGCCACCACCGUUACCGCAGAUGUCGCCUACCUGGUCGGAGCGCCGUAUCUCCUCGCCGUCGCUCCUGACAUUGUCGGCAUCUGUGCCACGCUCGCCUGCUAUGCCCGAGUUCCUGCCGUCGGCGUCGGCGUCGGCGUCGGCGUCGCUGGAACAAGUCUCUACACGAGGCGAGCCGCCACAGGAGCACGCAGCGGGAAAUGCCGAUGCGCCGCUCCGCAUGGAGCUGAAGGCUUUCCAGGUGGCUUUGGAGAUCUCCAACAACCUUGAAUUUAUCCUGUCCGCGACCUCAAACAGUCGACUGACAGCCUACCCGGUAACGACGCCGAGCGAAUGGGACGACUCGACAAUACUGGACACGUUGCCGGGGAAAAGCGGAAUCGCAAGUCGAUCGCAUGCGGCUGACGGCACGAACUCGGGUACAUCACCGGUUGUGGAUGGUACGACGCAAGCCAGUGGUCUACGGAGCGGGAGCGUCUCGCCUACGACAGCACCGCUGGACCAACUCGAAUCUGUAUGGAUGCCUUUUAUAGCACGCGUCGAGGCGACCGGGCUGGGUCGGAUCGCCACGGUACACUUACAGCGCCGUGGAUUCGUGCUCGGAGAGCUGGUGCCUGUGUCUAUUGACUUGAGCGUGGCGACUUCAAGCUGUGUUUACAUUCGAGGAACGCUGGACGCACUGGAAAUCCUGCAUCCUGAAUGUGCAAAUGAUUUCUCGAAAAGCAGCCUCGAAAAAUGCGCACGAGUGCCUCCUAAGAGGCGCAAGCGUGCGACCCUGUGCCAUCGGCGGAGGUACGCAGAGCGCGCCGAGCCUUGUGCAGGCCUUUGUAGGUGGCACUGGACGCCACGGAUUCCGUCUGAGGAAGAUACUCCGGUUAGUUUUGCGACUCGCGUUGUGCAGGUGCGAUGGACUCUGAGCAUCCACUUCCUGGUACGAGUGUCAGAUACCGGGCAAAGAGCCUCUGAGGACGACUCAAACCAGGGCCGCAACCCGCUGCGUUUGGUGACGCUACCGAUCCCGUUGCAGGUCGGGGGGUAUCUUCCCGCGAACACGGCAUUGCCCUCUGCUGGUAGCUUGAGCGUGAAUACUGUUUCAUUGGCUUCCGAGGUUGCUCUGUAA